AUGAAUCGAAAUGCCGGUUUUGGCUUUCUUGAAUUCCUUGUUCUCCUACUUCUCUUACUUUCUCUGGCAUUUCCAAGAUGGCCCUGCAAAGACUAUAUUCUUGGCGAAGAUUGUUUUCGUUUUCACAUAUUUCGUGUAGUAGGAAUUUUAUUAACAAUAGCGACUGUAUCGUCCCUGCUCGCCACUAUUUUCUUAAUUUUGGUGAUCUUCCAUGGUUCCUCUUGGUUAUACACUGCGGCACUUAUUGCAUCCGGUAUAACGGCUCUACUUGGCAUGGUGGCGACCUUUUAUGACAUCACUUCUGAUCAACCUUGGUGUCCCAUAGUUGCUACAUUCAGUUCGGGCAUAUCGCUUGGUCUUUUUGCAACUCUUCUAUUUGAUUAUCUCAGCGAAAUUUCUCUUAAAUAA